UUCUCUUUUCGUCGUCGUACUAGUCUCUUUGCAGUCAUGGCAAUAACCGCAUACGACGCCCUCACGGAGAGGAAAAAACCGGCCAAGAUCAUCAAUUUCAGCGAUUCCGCCUCCUCUUCCUCCUCUUUAGUUGACCUCUCGUCGACUACUUUCCGCGACAGCAUCAGAUCGCUUCUCAGCGACUACGCCGCGACAGAAGAUUACACCGUUCACGGCAACACCGUCUCCUGUAUCUUCCUCUACAGCGAAGAGACCGGCGCCGUGUUCCCUCUUUUCACCGUCGAAGAACGAAUCUCCGAAGGCGAUUUAUCUCAUAAUCUUCUCUGCGAUGUUUGUAGAUGCGUCGGUUGGGGUCAUCAUUACGUGACAAAGAGAAAGUAUCAUUUGAUAAUCCCGAGGAUUGAUAAAUGGAAGGAGCCAUUGACGAGAGAGACCAUUAAGGCUAGCACGCAUUUGAUGCAUGGUGUGAUUCACUGCAAUGGCUUUGGUCACUUGCUAUGCAUCAACACUGAUGAUGCUUUUCGUAAUUACUUCUCUGGCGACCAAAUCAUGCACCUUUGGGACCGUCUUUGUUCAACUCUUCACACUAGGAAGAUUUCACUGGAUGAUAUAUCGAGGAAGGGAUCGAUGGAUCUGAGGCUGCUCCAUGGUGUUGCAUAUGGGAGACCAUGGUUUGGGAAAUGGGAUUACAUGUUCUCUCAUGGAAGCUUUGGGAUCAGAAAAGAACAAUACAGUCGGGCUAUUUGCAUUCUUAGCUCCAUGGAAGUUGACAAGAUAAAGGAAGAUUUCUCCGGAACAAGAAAAGAGAGACUGAUGAAGAUGAUCAUCAACUUCUACAUAGAAUCAAGUAAAACGCCAUUGGUCACUCUCUCUGAGUUGCUUCAGUUCAUGCUUGCCUUCGCUUCUAAAGCUCCCGUUGAAAGAACCACUGCAAUGUCAUUAGUAGCAAUGUCUUCAAAUCAUGUUUCAAACCCGAUUCCUGAAGACGACGGGGACACUUCUGAUAGCUCUUUUACCUCAUCCCCUGAUGAUCAGGAGGAAUCAGAUAAUAAUGAAAAUGAUUCUGACGCAGACGAUGUCCUAGUCGAUCAAGAUACCACAAUGGUGGGCAUGGUUCCCCCAAAGUAUAAUUCAUUUGAUGCUAUGGCCAGGGGAGAAGAUGCUAGAUGGUCUGCAAAGAGGUUGAGUAACGCAGCUCAAGCUGUUCUCAAAGUUUUCAACGAGAGAAACAACAGCGUCAUUACUCGCCAAGAGCUACGUGAAGCUGUUAGAGGCAGCAUUGGUGAUACAGGGUUGAUUGACUUCUUGCUCAAACACAUUGACAAGGUUCUAAUAGGAGACCAAAUAGUUCAGAGGUUCACAAACCCUGAAUCGCGGAUGCUACAAUUCUCCCUAAGGAAAAUAACUUCCCCUGAUCUAGAGCGAGAAGCGAAAAAGAGAAGGAAAACUCAAGAAACUGAUGAAUGGAGAUCAACCACUCCUGGACUAGAUCCUUACGAAGACAUUCUCUAUCUGUAUCAGAAUCUCUUGCUAUCUUAUCCUGAUACAGAGGUAUAUAGUGAUGCCUCUGAGGUUAUCUUGAACUGCAAGGGCUUUGUGAAAGAGUGGCCCUUACUCUCUCACCAGGAAAAGAACUAUUUAACAGUAAGCUGCCAAGUCUUGCCCAAUCACGAAGAGGUACUCAGAGACUUCACCAGGAAACUACCCCCUGGAGAACUCGUGAUGGUUCCUCAAAACGCAACCAUCAGAGAACUUAAGUCUGCAGCAGAGAAAGCUCUGAGGGACACUUACUUCGUCAUGGAGAAUUUUGAAGUGUUGGAGAUCAAAAAGAAAGACCUUAAGAAGAUUGAUGAGACCUCUGGUGUAAAGUCAGAUGGUAAUAAGAUUAUGAUGACAGAGUUUCUGGUAACAGGGUUUGGUCUGGAUACAGGGACAGAGCUAAGGUAUGAAGGCGGGUUUGAUGAUUGGACCGUUGAGUGCAGAUGCGGUGCUAGAGAUGAUGACGGCGAGAGAAUGGUGGCUUGUGAUGCUUGCAAGGUUUGGCACCACACUAAGUGCCAUUCCAUAGAAGAUGAUGAAGUUGUGCCUCAGGUGUUUUUAUGUAAUAGGUGUUUUGGAGAUAGCGUGAGAUCCAAGAAACGCUGUGUUGCCAAGCGCUAGCACUUGCAUAGCCAAGUGUUUUGGAGAUCGCUUGCGAGUUGCGGCCCAAGAAGUGCGGACUUUCCCUAAUAUAUUUUAACAUAAACCAUUGAUUAUAUUAAUUAACAUGCAUAGCUGGUGUUUUGGAGAUCGCUAUGAUUGAUCGU